AGCUUCACACCUAGAAACAAACGCACAAGGAAGAGGAAGUGGAGACGUGUUAUUAAGUUUGUUUUCAUCGGGUUACAUCAGGAUCCACCUUAAAUAAGAGCUUUUAAACUCGUUUAAAGCGGCUCUGAUCGUUCAGGCAUCAGCGGACAUGGAGGCCGAGCUGUUCCUGCUGCAUCUUCUCUUCCUGCCCUUCGUCCGCUGCUGGAAUAAUAAUGGUGCUGUGUUGCUGCGUGAUGUUCAGGCUCUGACGCUCUACAGGGGGCGCUACACCGCCGCACGCCGCACCAGCCCCAUUCCUCAGCUGCAGUGCGUCGGAGGAUCCGCCGGCUGUGGCUCCUUCACGCCGGAGGUGGUCCAGUGUCAGAACAAAGGAUGGGACGGGGUGGACGUGCAGUGGGAAUGUAAGGCUGAUCUGGAUAACUGGUACAGGUUUGGUCGAGUGGAGGUGUCGUGUGAAGGUUUCAACAGUCCUGACGACCCGUACGUGCUGCAGGGGUCGUGCGGUCUGGAGUACACUCUGGAGCUCACAGCGGAGGGCCGGCAGAACCAAGGGUCCCGCGGCUCCUCCGGCUCGUCCGGGUUUGCCGGUUUUGCCUCCAGCUUCUUCCAAGAUAAAGGCCACAGCGGCGGCGGCGGAUAUUAUCAGCAGGGCGGUCCGUCGGGGGAAAGUGCUGGAGGUUUGAUCGUUAUCGCGCUCUUCCUGCUGCUCGCUUACGGCGUCUACAAGCUGUUCCUCUGCAAUCCCACCCAUGGCCACCAGGGUGUCCAAGGAGAUGGACCUCAGGGGUUCAACGGAGCGUGGAAUAAUGACUACGGCAACACAGGGCCGCCUCCACCCGGGUUUAAACCUGAUUAUACAGCUCAUUCUCCAGAUUACACCUCCUCUGGACCCAGUUAUGGUUUUGCAGACGCGUACACCAGACCCCACGCCGCGGGGACGGGAUUUACCCGCCCGUCUGGGUUAGGGGGAGGUGGAUUCUGGUCUGGCAUGGGCACUGGUGGACUGCUGGGGUAUCUGUUUGGAAACCAGAGACGUCAGCCCUAUAUGGGCCCCACCCAGCGCUCCAACUUCAGCGCUCCUUCUGCCCCCAAAACGAGCUCCGGAACACGAACCGCCUCAGGCUUUGGCGGGACAAAGAGAAGAUAAGUAGCACUGAAAUACAGACCGUCCUCCUGCGACCACGACUCAUCGUUUGCAGCUGAAAUGUGAAGAUAUUUAAGGAAGAUGCGGGUGGAGGGCUUUACUAAGCUGAUUUUAGGGAUUAGCGAGUUAACUUUCAGCACAUACUGAGCUCAACUUUGGGUUCUAACAGUGAUAAUGGGUCAAAAGCCUAAGUCACACAGGAAGCUUACUCUUUCACACUGGACACGUGAGGCGAGAGUAGUUUCGGUUUGCGUUGCUUUUUACGUAAUACAAGUGGCGGAAGCGUUUACUGCGCAUUUGCUGCUUAGAUAAACUUUGUGUAGAUGACAUUUGGGCAGAGCUGUUAAAGUCAACCUGAAAUCAAAAUGGACCUUUUUUUUUACCUUGUUAGUUCAUGUCCUUAGUCACGUUAAGCACAGGCCACUGUCACAUCAUUCAAAAGACAAAAUUCUUGUUUCUCGCUGAUCUUUAAUUGAAGUGUACACUGCAAAAAAUGGUAUCUUGUCAAGUAAAAAUAUCUUAAAUAUAGUCAGUAAAGCUGAUAUUUCUCCUGCUGAGAUUGUUGUAAACUUAAUUUAGGAUUAUUUUCCUUAUUUCUAGACGUUAUUUACUUGUUCUAACUAGUUUUAAUAAGUACGUUUUUAAUAAGCAGCACUGCUGUGUCUGAUCCACCACCCAAAUAGUACCUGCUCUAUGAGGGUCCAUGGGGGUCCUGACCACUGAAGAACAGGGUAAAAGGGGGCUA